ACGACACCGCCUCGAAUUUAUAUUCAUUAACAGGGACGAUGCUGGCACCGCCACGUCUUCUGGGAACUCCUGGCUCCCGCCGGACUGCAGCUCAGAGUCAACGGGAUAAGCGGGUUGUUGAAUGAAAGCUUCUUCUUCCUCACAACUACUAGAUUACAUUCGACCCUUGGGCAACACACUGACAAAUGCCCGAAACGACGCAGUUUCUCCUGUUACCAAGGGGAUUUCCUUGCACGUCGUCGUUGCGUCACAACCCUUCGCGACUCCCGACGUCUCACGUAAUUAACAGCUUCAAUGCCCCAAAGCAUCAUUCUCCGACAAUGUUCUUUCCUCGAAAUCGAAGGCUCCAUCUUCAACUUCCUAAAAAUUCAUCUUUCGACGGAAAUAAUCUCACCGGUAGAAACUCCGACGUCCUACGCCGGUCGCCAUCAACAAAAUCUAAUUUCGUAGUCUGUGCUUUGCCUAAGGACUCAUUCACGUCCUAUAAUGACAGAGGAACCAUAAUCAGCUCAUUGAUUUCGAUAUCAUUAGCAGUUGCUAAUCGAGUGCUCUACAAGCUCGCUCUCGUUCCGAUGAAAGAGUUUCCUUUCUUUUUAGCUCAAUUUACCACUUUCGGGUACGUGGUGAUUUACUUUUCGAUAUUGUAUAUGAGAUACGCUGCGGGGAUGGUCACCAAUGAGAUGAUGGCGCUACCUAAAUCACGGUUUGUGGCCAUUGGUAUUCUAGAAGCUCUUGGAGUUGCCAGUGGGAUGUCAGCUGCAGCCAUGCUUCCUGGACCAACCAUACCAAUACUGAAUCAGACAUUUUUGGUGUGGCAAUUGAUUUUUUCUGCUAUUAUCCUGAGAAGAAGGUAUUUGUUCAACCAAAUUGCUGGUUGCUUGCUUGUAGCCGUGGGUGUAGUGGUGGCAGUUUCAAGUGGGUUUAAUGCUGACCACAUGCUGUCUGGAACUGAUUUUGUUUGGCCAACUGUAAUGAUACUAUCAGCUGCUUUUCAAGCUAGUGCAUCUAUUAUCAAGGAAUUUGUUUUCAUUGAUGCUGCAAAGCGCCUUAAGGGGAAGUCGCUGGACAUAUUCGUCGUCAAUUCUUUUGGAUCUGGAUUUCAGGCUCUUUUCGUAUUUCUCCUUUUACCUUUUUCUAGCAAUAUCUCAACUCUACCUAGAAUUAGUCUAUGAGACAAACUUUUGACAUAACUCCUUUCUUCAAGUUGUUUUUCGCAAGUUAGUCUCCUUAUUUUUUCACCUGUGGUCUACUCAGGCUGUGAUGGUGCUCCCUUGCUUCCACUGCUUUACAUAGUUUCCAAUAUCUCUCUCAACAUAUCUGUGCUGAAUAUUGUUAAGACUUCCUCUGCUGUUGUUGCUGCUCUUCUCAUGGCUUUAUCAGUGCCAAUUGCAAUUUAUGUGCUGUCUCUUCCAUUGCCAUAUCUCCCUGAAGGUGUAAGCUUGAGCCCUUUUUUUCUGUUAGGAAGUAUGAUUCUUGUAUUCGGUCUUGUAUUAUACAACAUAAGGAAGCCUCCUGAGCACGGACCGUGAUUUGUUUGGCAUUUAGUAGACCUACUGCAACAGGGGAUUGAUUCAGAAUUUUUUUGCUAUGGAGAUACAAGUUAAACUGAAGAUCUUUCUUUAAUUGCAAGUCUAAUUUUUUCAAAUAUAUAUCACUUUACCUCCAUUGUCUAAUAUUGUUGACUGCAAAGUUUAUAAUAGAUUUUUCUUUGGACCGCA